AAGGCAAAAGCUUUCCGUGUCGACACCAUUUACAAACCCACAGAAGGGAACCAGAGAGACAAAGCCCGGUAAACCUGACACCGAAGCAGAUACUCGAGGUAGAGAGAAGAGGAAUAGGGUUUCUUACGAGCAAUCGAUAUAUAUAUAUAUAUAUAGAGAGAGAGAGAGAGAGAGAGAGAGAGAGUUGUCGGACGGGAGGCCGCCGUCUGUCUUUUCUGGUUCCGUUUGAUUUCUGUGUUUUUGUAUUUAAAUAUUUGGGAAGAGACAGUAACAAGGGGGAAUUUUGAGUGGAGGAAGGUAGGGCAAAGCGCUGGCUUUGCGGGGUUAGAUCUGUUUCGGAAGGAUGAGUUCGGACAGGGGAAGCGGCGCCGGCAAUGGUGCCGGGGUGCAACCGAUUCCCGCGGGGUCGCGGAAGGUAGUUCAGAGCUUGAAGGAGAUAGUUAGCUGCUCCGAGGCGGAGAUCUAUGCUGCUCUCAAGGACUGUAAUAUGGACCCUAACGAGGCUGUUGAUCGUCUACUCUCUCAAGAUCCUUUCCAUGAGGUCAAGAGAAAACGGGAAAAGAAAAAAGAGAGUAAAGAUAACCCUGGGUCAAAGUCAAAAGGUGCAAAUAGUACUUCAAAUCGAGGUGGCAAAGGUGGUUCAGACCGUUAUAUUGGCCGUUCCUCAGCAUCAUAUAAUGUUUCUGAACCUUCGCACCAUGGGAAAUCUACACAUAAGAGAGAGAAUGGAUCAACUCGUCAUACAAAUUAUAUAUCUACACCUUAUAUGUCAGAAAAUAUUGGAAGCUGGGGAUCUUCAGGACUCAGUGAUUCUGCUGAAACUAAAGAAUCCUUUGCGUAUACUGCUGAUGGUAUGACAUCUGCUGCACAGCCUAGUGGAUUUCAGACUGCUUGGAUGGGUGUUCCUGGUCAGGUCUCCAUGGCUGAUGUCGUACGGAUGGGCAGGCCAAACAAUAAACCGUCAGUCAUGCCAAAUUCAUCUCAUCACAUCAUCCAAAAUCCCUCCACAACUGAAUCAUUUCAGGUUGAAAGAUACACUGAAGAUCAUUCUCCUGGAGCUCUUCAAUCUGAAGCACUUUUGGUGCAGAAUGCCUAUGAUGAAUGGCCUUCUGUAGAGGAGCCAGAAAUUCCAAAUGUGGUAUCUGUACCAGAGUAUAGUACAGAGACCAAGCUGCAUCCAGGUACUGAAGGUGUAACAUCUGACAGUGUUAAUCUGCAUCCUCAUGUAGGAGUUCAAGAAAUAGAUGAUGAUAAAAUUGGAAAUUCUGGAGGAAAUAAUGCAACAUCAAGUUCUAUACCUAAAAGGAAGAAUGAAGAGGAUGACUCAAGAGGUGCAUCUCUGUCUGGAAAUGAUUUGCAUGAAAAGAGUGGCUCCUAUCAGUCUGAGGCUAGUGAUUUUGAGCAGGAAGAAGAUGAUGAAAUUGAUGCUUCAGUAACAUCAGUCACCAGAAACUUGCAGCAACUAAGUGUAGAGAAGGAUGAGAAUGGAUUUCCAUCCGAGGAGAAUACGCGCACUGUGGUCAUUCCAGAACAUUUGCAGGUGCAAACAGUGGAUUGCUCGCACCUGAACUUUGGUAGUUUCAGACCAAACGUGAAUCCUGCAUAUUCUUCUGGGCCUACAGCAUCUGUCCCUGUGGAAACUAAUUUGGAUUUGGUGCAUGAUGAAGCUGAUAUUUCAUCAGUUGGGCAUUCAGAUACAAGACAUUCUGAGUAUUAUGUUGAUGGCUCUAUUAGUAAUGAUCCUGAUAGUGGGUUAUUCCAUAGAGCUGGUGCUAAUGUUGGAAGCUAUGAUACGCCAUCUGCUCCACAGCCAGAGGAGUUGAAACCUGAAAGUGCUGAAGUGGUUCCUGGGAACCAAUAUUCCUUUCCUUCUAGUUCUGGUUAUGCCUUUGAUGAUCAACCAAACCUAACAGCCCCUUUCAAUAGGACCGGUUCCCAGAUGCCAGAUCUUGCACCAUUUUUAAAUGUUAUGCACCACCACACAAAUUCGCUGCCAAGCACUUUGUUGGCUGAGAAUGCUCAACCCAAUAGAGAAUCUGAACUUCAGUAUUCUGCUUUUCCUGUAACACAAUCCUUGUCCUCUAAAUAUGGAAAUGCUGCCUCUUCCAUUGGUGCUUCAGCAAUUUCUAUGUCAGAGGCUCUCCGGAAUGCUGGCCUCUCAUCAACACAGCCCACUCCACAGACCCUUCUUGGAGCUAACGUUGCAACUGGACCUCCCAUGCCUCAACAGCUAGCUCUACAUUACUCUCAGCCAACACUUCCUUUGGGACCGUAUGCCAGCAUGAUGGGCUACCCCUUUUUGCCUCAGAGCUAUGGUUACUUGCCUUCUGCUUUUCCACAAUCCCUUCCUGGCGGCAGCACUUACCAUCAAUCCCUGGCAUCAGUACUUCCUCAGUACAAAAGUAGUGUUUCUGUCACUAGUUUACCUCAGUCAGCGGCUGUCCCUUCUGGAUACGGUGCUGCACUGGGAGGUAAUGCAACAGUUCCUGGAAGUUACUCAGCAAUGCCUUCUGGAACAAAUCUAAGUUACGAUGAUGUCUUGAAUUCUCAGUUGAAGGAUAAUGCCCACUUGCUCAUGCAACAGAAUGAGAACCUUGCUGCAUGGCUUCAUGGCCCCAAUCCAAGAACAAUGCCGGCACAAUACAAUUACCCGGGACAUAAUCAGCAACUGGUUGGACUUAGGCAAGGCCAACCACAGCAACAGCAGCAGCUGCCACAGAGCUAUGGAACCCCAGGAUAUCCGAAUUUCUACCACUCUCAGUCCGGUAACUUGAUCGAUCAGCAACAAAACCCUAGAGACGGAUCGCACAACAAUCCUCAAGGACAGCCGAAGCAAUCCCAAAUGUGGCCCAACAACUACUAAUCCACACCCCAGCCUUUUCAGCAGCCUGUAAUGAUGAAUCCCACCAUUAUCUGAUGCAAGUUCACGAUCUCCAUAGUGCCUCCCCCUUGUGUUGAUUACACUAUAAAACUGUUUUCUUUAGGAAAGCGGGGUGCUGAUCUUGUGCUUGUCUUUGCUGUGCUUCCCUGUUCUGCUUGCAUUUCCUGAUUUAGAUCUACUCACUUUAGCCUAGAAAAAGCUUGCUUCUGUUAGAUACAAGCAGUUGCUUGAUGAUGAUCUAAUCUUUGUUUCUUGACCUGGACUUUGAACUCAAUCUGUGGAUUUGCUGCUGUAUCAGUAGUUUGUGUACUGUACUAUAUAAGAACUGAUUUUUAUAUAUUUUUUUAUAUAUGGAGUUGCCCACUUUGCAGCAUCA